AUGUUUAAGAAAGUCUCUUCUUCCAUUCCCAGAUCCGCUUCCUACUUACAAAAACCGUUAGUCAGAUCAUAUUACACUAUCCCAACUCUAUCCAAUUUACCAAAUAGUGCAAGCAACGAUACUGAUGUCCCAGGUUUAUUUUCUAAAGAAGGGUUGAAGAAAGCAUGGAAUGAUAGGGCCUUGUAUUAUUGCUCAAAAUUAAAUGAAUUGACCGCUAAAACUGAAAGUAGAUCUUUGGAUCACAUAAUUUCUAACUAUGCCACCGUUCCCUCAAAGAAAAACAUUUAUGAUUACGCUGUAUUAUUGGAUAAUUUAUUUAUGGCUUAUUCAAACAUUAAGAUCCCCACCACUAACACUACUAUUGUCAAACCUUCCAGCCAGGAUUUGAUUACUUUAAAGCACCAUUUUAACAGUAAUUCCGGUGCUUUAUUUGGAAACGAACCUUUGGAAUUCAAUUGUGAAGCUAUUGAUAGAUUAUUAAAAAGGUCCUUUGGUAGUAUUAUUGAAUUUAGAACUUUGCUGUUAUCAUCCAACUUGAGUGUGACUGGUGAUGGUUUUACUUGGUUAGUAGCCAAAUCAUUAGUUCUAACCGAAAGUCAAGAUACAGAUGCAUCUUCUUUCUCCAAUAUCAAUGAUGUUGAGUUGUUUGUUAUUAAUACCUACAACGCUGGUACUCCAAUAAAUAAUCAUAUAAGAUUGGGCAAUUACAAUUCUAUUAUGAAAAAGUUGAAAGAGCAGCAAAAACAGGAUGCUUCCACCGACGAAUAUAAUACCGAUUUUACCACCAGCAUUUUGACUUUACAAGAAGCCAAGGAAAAGGAAGUUUUCAAUCAUUCUCAGAAAGAUUAUAGAUAUGUUCCGUUGUUAGCUAUUGAUGCUUCUCCGAAAUCUUGGUUACAUGAUUAUGGUGUUUUUGGUAAGAGCAAAUAUUUAAAUAAUGUAUGGGAAUCCAUUGACUGGAAUAAAGUUGAAGAAAGAUUGUUAAGAGCUGGUAAUUGA